UGUUAGCCUCCAUUUCUCCUGCUAGUCACAGAGAUGACUAUUACCUUUUAUUUCCCCAUAUGGUUAGCAAGGUUAAGUUCAGGACAUAAAAGCAAGCCGUCUCUGCCCCGCGCCUUGUGCAACCUCUCAAACAGAUCCUUUCUGUGACCACGUGCAAAUAAUGCGUUUCCCCUUCCUCGCCGUCGUUGCUGCUUUGACAGCAUCUCUGUCUGUCAGUGCAACGCCACCUGAUUUCAGCCCGCCAUGUGGGUUGACAGACGCUAAGUGCAGUGGCCCCGAGGAUUGCUGCUCCUUUCAGUGUGUGAGAGAUGGGAAAGGGUACCUGCCACUAGCCAUAGUAAGCACUCCCAAGAUACCGAGAGGCUGGCACGUAGUAUUGCAGAUUGAUGCGAGUUGAUCGAUAUGACUUGCUCUUGGACACUUUGACUGCCGCUUGAGUAAUUCUUGACUCAAAUAAACGCUCAUUGAAA